AUAAUUUGGAAAUGAUGGGUUUUAAAUAUUUAUUGUGCAUUUAAUUGUUCAUUUAUAUAAUGUGAUUUUUAAUACUGGCUUUAACAAUCAGCUGCAGAAGUCCGGAAAAUUUAACUAUCUGUUCUCGCCAUCCGUAUGAGUUCGCUCCAGCACACAGCUGGGCCCACAGCAUGAAUAUGUAUUUCUUCACAUGGGUUGAAGUUUUUAAAAAAGAAAAGAAAACUUUAGAGACCUACAAAUUUUCAGGUCUGGGUGUAGCUCAGUCUUCAAAAAUCUCCAGGGAUUAAGUUAUAGAGUUUCAAAUAGAACAAACCCGUUUCCUUUCUAGAGAAAUACAAAUCCUAAAACAUACAGGAGGUAUGUUUUUGCUGGUUCCUCUGGGUGAUGUUUAGAGUUUCUGUCACCUAGAGCCCUUUCCCCUUUUCUUCGCGGUGGAGGAUUAGCAUCUGAGUUUUCGUCAAGGGGGACCACUUAGCUAAUAAUGUCCAGUGUACCUCCGUUCUUUUUUAUUUAUUUAUAAAUUUAUUUAUUUAUUUAUAAAUUUAUUUAUUUAGGCUGCAUUGUGUCUUUGUUGCUGUGUGCGGGCUUUCUCCAGUUGCAGCGAGCAGGGGCUUUUUUUUUUUUUUUUUGCGAUACACGGGCCUCUCACUGUUGUGGCCUCUCCCAUUGCGGAGCACAGGCUCCGGACGUGCAGGCUCAGCGGCCAUGGCUCAAGGGCCUAGCUGCUCCAUGGCAUGUGGGAUCUUCCCGGACUGGGACACGAACCCGUGUCCCCCGCAUCGGCAGGCAGUCUCUCAACCACUGCGCCACCAGGGAAGCCCCCAAGCGGGGGCUACUCUUCAUUGAGGUGUGCAGGCUUCUCGUUGCAGUGGCUUCUCUUGUUGCAGAGCAUGGGCUCUAGGCGCGUGGGCUUCAGUAGUUGUGGCAUGCGGGCUCAGUAGUUGUGGCUCACGGGCUCUAGAGCUCAGGCUCAGUAGUUGUGGCGCAUGGACUUAGUUGCUCCACAGCAUGUGGCAUCUUCCCGGACCAGGGAUCGGACCCGUGUCCCCUGCAUUGGUAGGAAGAUUCUUUUUUUUUUUUUUUUUUUUUUCAGUACGCGGGCCUCUCCACUGUUGUGGCCUCUCCCGUUGCGGAGCACAGGCUCCGGACGCGCAGGCUCAGCGGCCAUGGCUCACAGGCCCAGCCACUCCACGGCAUGUGGGAUCUUCCCGGACCGGGGCACGAACCUGUGUCCCCUGCAUCGGCAGGCAGACUCUCAACCACUGUGCCACCAGGGAAGCCCGGUAGGCGGAUUCUUAACCACUGCACAACCUGGGAAGCCCUACCUCCCUGUUCUUAACCAUUAUGCAGCUUGCUAUGGAAAGUAACAAUAAUUCAGCACCUGACAAUCUUCAGGAGAUACAGAUGGUUUCAGAUACUAUUUACAAGCUGCCUUCACAGUUAACAUCUUGCCAGCUGUGUGGUUUUUGUCUCCAAUCAUGAAAAGGCAAAUUAAUAUAAUCAUCAGUACAUUUGCUUUUUUCAACCUAGCUUUUUGAAGACCCAGAGACGUCUUGCUAUGUAAAAACUAUGAUCAGAUAAAUGCAAUUUACCGAUAUGAAGAUCACCUUGAGACAGUUUUAAGGCAUUAAUACUUUUACUCCUAUUAGUUUAUUGAUUCUCUGCAUGAGAGAUUUUAAACAGCAUUGUAUUAUACGUGUAAAUCAGACCAGUGUUUCCCAAAGUGCAGUAGCUAUCCUUGGUUUAGGGACACGAGAUUAUUUUAGGCAGCUAGAGAUGAUGCCUAUUUCAAUAGAAAUGUUAUUUUUGUAAUAGAAAAAACAUAACUGGCACACAGAAUCUAUUAUUCCAUGGAUAUUUCUGCUUGGGAGGCUAUUGAAUAAGUAUUUCAGUUUUAAACGUGUGUUGUUUAAAGAAAAAUGUUAAGCAAAUAAUAGUAUUGGUGGUAUACGGACAUAGCAAAAACAGUUAAGGUGGAUGUAAUGGGUUGAAUGGUGACACCCCCCCCCCCAAAAAAAAAGAUAUGUCAAAGUCUUGAUCCCUGGUACUUAGAAAUGUGAACUUAUUUGGAAAUAGGGUCGUUGCACAUAUAAUUAAGGAUCUCAAGAUAAGAUUAUCCUGGAUUUAGAGUGGACCCUAAUCCAAUAACUAGGACAGAAGGAGAGAAGACACACAGAGACACAGAAGGGAGAAGCCCACAUGAAGACGGAGGCAAAGAUUGGAGUGAUGCAGCCACAAGCCAAGGAAUGCCAAGACUGCCAGCAGUCAUAGAAGCUAGGAGAGAGCUAUGGAAAGGGUCCUCCCUCAGAGCCUCCAGAAGGAACCAAUCCUGUCAGCAGCUUCAUUUCAGACUCUGGCCUCCAGAAUUGUCAGAGAAUAAAUUUCUGUUGGUUUAAGCCAACAUAUUUGUGGUAAUUUGUUAUGGCAGUACUAGGAAACUAAUACAGUGGCAAAGAAAUGCCACGAGGUUGGGAAACAAUUAGACACCCAGUCAUGACAGGGGAUGAGUGGGUUUAACUCUGUGAUAAACGAGUGACUAAGUCAUCAUGAGUGGGUUUAACUCUGUGAUAAACGAGUGACUAAGUCAUCAACGCCCUCAUCUGAUGGCCAUUAACCUCCAGCGUCCAGCAUUUUCUCUCAAUACCAAUCACAGUUGUUUUAAAAGUGAAAAUAAAGCUAAUAAUGUAAAAUGUAAAUCUAAUGGCUAUUUUAUGCAUUUAUUUUCUCAUGUCCGUAUGUCUGGACCACCAUAAUGAACUUCGAGUUCAUAAACUAACUUGGGAAAGGUUGAUCUCCUCUUGGCUCCCCAUGUUACAGAUGAGAAAACUAAGGCUCAGAUGGAGGAAGCAUCUCCAAGAGAGACUAAAUGAUGCUGGGACCACUGCUCCAAUUCCUACAGCGCUACGUUUAUUCUUCCCCACCUCCAGCAAAUAUUUCCACAAGCGCUUUUUCCUCCGACCAGAGCAAGGCACAGAGGAUGAGAUUCGAGCCCGUCUUACCUGGAGCAUGUUUCCCUGGCGGCGGGAUUUCGAGAAGGCAAGGAGGCAAGCGAGGAUUUUGGAAACAGGAGCGCUGCAGAGGCCGCCGGUGGCCAGGAGGGGGAGCGCGCGGGCUCCGGAGCGCUCACGCUCCUCGGGGGCGGGGCCUGCGAGCGGCGCGCGUGCGCUCAAAGGGAGGUGGUGGCGCCGGCCAAGACGAAGGGCGAGACGGUGGCCGAGAGGGCACGGGGAGGCUGACGGUGGCCGACAGGUCGGGCAUGGAGCAUCUGGAACGCUGCGCGUGGGCCCUCAGGGGGACGCUGGUGCGGGCGGCCGUACGGCGCUACCUGCCCUGGGCCCUGGUGGCCUCCAUGUUGGCGGGCUCCCUCCUCAAGGAGCUUUCCCCGCUGCCCGAGAGCUAUCUCAGCAACAAGCGCAACGUCCUCAACGUGUAUUUUGUCAAAGUGGCCUGGGCCUGGACCUUCUGUCUCCUCCUGCCUUUCAUCGCCCUCACCAACUACCACCUGAUGGGCAAGGCCAGCCUGGUCCUGCGGCGGCUGAGCACACUGCUUGUGGGCACGGCCGUCUGGUACGCGGGCACAGCCGUCUUCGCCAACAUCGAGCACUACACGGGCAGCUGCUACCAGUCGCCAGCCCUGGAGGGGGUGAGAAAGGAGCACCAGAGUAAGCAGCAGUGCCACGGGGAAGGAGGCUUUUGGCAUGGCUUUGACAUCUCAGGCCACUCCUUCCUGCUGACCUUCUGUGCCCUCAUGAUUGUGGAGGAGAUGGCUGUGCUGCACGAGGUGAGGACGGACCGAAGCCACUGGCUUCACGCGGCCAUCACCACCCUGGGGGUCGCCCUGGGCUUCCUGACCUUCAUCUGGGUGUGGAUGUUUCUAUGCACGGCCGUUUACUUUCACAACUUGUCCCAGAAAGUGUUUGGCACCCUGUUCGGUCUGCUGGGCUGGUACGGGACGUACCGGUGUUGGUAUCUGAAAUCCUUCUCUCCAGGACUUCCUCCCCAGAGCUCGAGUUUGAAUCUGAAGCAAGACAGUUACAAGAAAUAAGAGAGAAGCAAAAGGGAUGGCAGCAGGACAGUGGCUAAUAGAUUUUCCACUUGUUUUUCUUAGUUAUCGACUAAAUUAUUGAUCCCGCUUCCGCGAGGAAGCUUACCGGGCAGCGUGUGGGGCGGGGGAGGGGUGGAGUCUGGGGGGCGGGCGAGGUCAGGCCCCAGACUGUCCCUGGUGGCAUCGCCCUGUGUCACAAGCACUGCCACUCCCAGUCAGGCACUUUGCAUUCCUGGCAAGACUUGACCUUAAUCUGGAACAUCCCUUUUGGCCCUAGAGGGCCAAGCUCAGGCUCAGCGAGAGGGCGAGAUCGGGAAAGCCUCUGUUGUGUGGCUGAAGUGGGGCCGGGGCCUCAGGACUCUCCUCUGCUGCCAUCAGAUGCUCCCUGAUUCUUCCUGUCUUCUGUGCCAAUGGCUAUUAAUGCUGUUAUUUAACAGUACUUCCCUCUGGUCAGUUUUGCAGAAGCAUUUAUUUCCAGCAGGGUUCUUUAUAGAACACCCAACUGCCUGAAAGACACAUUCUGGUUGUAGUAUUUAUUUCGUCCGCGGAAUGUCAAAUAUUGCAAGUGGCUUGUGAUUAGCUACCAAAACAGUUAAACUGGAGUGCCUCUGCGACAGAGUAUUGUAUGAUUUUUAGGUAAUGAACAUUGAUAAUUUUCUGUCCAUGUUGUCUAUUAUAUAUUGGUUUUCGGAGCAAUAAGGUUACUUCCCCCCCCCCUUCUAUUGUGAGUGAAUGCUUUAUAGUUUUUGAUAACAAUCAUGGCAUUUGUUCUUUGUUGACAGAACUCCCAAAAAUAACUCACGACUCUGCACUUUGGCACGUGUGUAGAUUGCUUUGAGGGUUUUUUAGAACACUCUUGGCUUACGGUAUUAAAUUCAAGCUCACGGGACUCUUUGUUAAGAAUAAAACCGGAAAGCAGACGUUUUAAUAACCUGUUGAAUUUUAAGCUGAGUCAGGGUAAUUUUGCAAAAUGCAUAUUUGCACUGAACCUCCCCUGACCACACGUCAGUGGUGUAGACUGAAUGGUGCUUCAGAGUUGCGUGAUAAUAAGCCUUCUGUUCAUUGCUGUGGCCCAAGGCACUUUUACCCUUUUGGACAACGUUAUGAUAAGUCAGAAGUGGACGAAAAUAUCUUCCCUUGCUUCUGAUGGCAAGAAGCCAACCUGUUUGCAAAAAUGUCCCUGAUAAAUGGCGACUUGACUUGGGCCCACCCUCCUCUUACUUGGACCAGCACCAAAACCAGACCAAACAGGCCUCUUCAUCUGCCCUUGAACUCAAGCUUUUAUUUCCCCUUGGCAGCACUUCUCAAUUUCCAGCCUUAUCCUUGUGUGGCCCUCACCUUGGGAGUUCUAGGAAUGGUGAGAUGCCCUGUCCCCUCUGCCCCACAAAGGCACAGUUACCGCUCUGUGAUAAGAUACCCCUUCCCUCUCUCAGGGUGUCCCCUUAAGCCUUUCAAACCAAGCCCCUUGCAUUUUGGAUAAUCAUCCUGGAAGCUUCUUUGACGCCCCUCCCCCCCAGUCAAGCCUGGUAAUAGCAUUAACUGAUAAGCACUACACUUGCCUGGCUUAACUCAAGCUUAGGUUGGUAGGAGUUUGAGGUCUGGAAAAUCUUCAGUGUAAAAUGUAUUGCGUAUAAAUAUGUACUUAAAAUAUGUAGUUCAUGUCUCAUCUGGCCACAGGUUAACCUAUAUCGAUCAAAAUGUGGGGUGUGAUACGUUGUACCCAAAGGUGGCAGAAACACCUGACAGAUUUCGAAGGUGUCACCAUGGCGCUUUGGCAGCAUUGGCAAGCUAUGAUGGGCCCCGGGAGAAUUAUUUUGCCCUCUGGAGCUUACAUCUGAAAACGGGGGUGGUGGAAGUGGGGCUGGGGUAGGUGGCAGGGGCUUGCUGAAGGGAUUGACAUCUCUCCUACGUUUCAUGUUCAGCACCAAAAGGCAACAGGCACAAGGUGACGCCAGAAGUUCACUUGUCCCACUUACAUGUCCAGACAUUUCUCUCCUGCAGGUCUGAUUCAGGCUCAGCCUUACAUUGACUCCGUGGAAAGCGUCCAUUAUCGAAUCUUGUAUAUUGAUGAGUCUUCUGCCACUUCCUAUUCAGUCUUAGCACCUUUGCCUGUCUCUAGGAAACAUGCUCUCAAUCCCUGUGUGAGACAGCGUGGCAAGGCUGAAAGUUUAGGCAAAUGUGAGAUGUGGGUCCAAAUCGUGUCUGACCCUGGUCAAGCCUCAAUUUCCCCAUCUGUAAAAUGGAGGUGGUACUGUCAAGAUGAAGGGAAUAUGUAUGUAAAAUGCCCAGCACAUGUGCAUAGCAGGUGAUAAUCCUCCUGCCUCCUUUUUCUUGAUUAAGCCUUUAGAACUUUAUGGCUCCUCUGGAGAAGGCAGAGAAACUAAUAUGUUCUUUGGAGUACCAUUUGGGGUCUGGGUGUCCUGUUGAAGUAGCCUUGUAUUGUCUUUUGAAAAGUGUCUGUUCCCCAGGUGCUGAACAAGAGGCUUUUGAGGGCAUCUGUGAUCACAGAAUACCACCGUGCUUGGUUUGUCUCUCCGUGUUGAGGUUCAUUCACUGGCGCCUCAUUUUCCACAUGCAUCUGUCGUAGUCUGAGUACCAGAUUGUAUUUAGAGAAUGGCUCUUACCACUGUUAUGUACACACACAGAUCGUGUGUGUAAACAGGCAAAUUAAACUAGAGAUAAUGAAAUCCCACAUUCCUGCAUUUUGUGUGUU